CAAACUGUUUGCGAGGCUCCUCGACUACAGAAACAGUUCGCAGUAAGAGGUUUACCUGUUCUUAAACUAACCAGAGAAGCUGACGCCUUAAUGGUGGACUAUAGACACAUCUCCGUGAUUAUUCACUGUGGAAAUAUAGCUAUUCCUUUACAAGACCUCCAAGACUAGCGUUUUGAUGUCACAUUCCCAAAGCAACUGAGCCCUGUCAGAGAAACAGCAGACAUAAAGAUAGCCAAAGGAUUCUUCAUCUUCAGAGAGGACAAAGAAUAAGGAAGAAGGGAGGUUUUGAAGCUGGAACACCCACCACCUUUAUUGAAUAAUGGUGACUUUUUGAGAGUGCGUUGAUCUCAGGUCAAGGCCUACAUGCCACUGUGAUUACUAAGAAGAGGACAAAGGAAAAAAAAUAUUUACAAAAAUCAUAUUAAAAGGAGGUGCAAAUCUCAUCACUGAGAGACGAUCCCCUCACAAACUGAAUUCUGGGAAACAGAAUGCCAGCGAAGACGUCCAUGUACUUAAAGACUACCACACCCAAGCGGGGGAAGAAGCUCAAGCUGCGAGACGUCCUGUCCAGUGACAUGAUUAGCCCCCCGCUAGGGGACAUGCGCCACAGUGCCCAUGUCGGGCUGGAGGGAGAGGGCGACAUGUUCGGAGACAUAGGCUUUUUACAGGGCAAGAUGGACAUGUUGCCCGCCCUGAACGGCUUACCACGGUCCCACAGUAUGGAGAGGCAGCUGGAUGAAGUCUACCCCAUGAACGACAAAGGACUCAACCACUCUUGUAACAACCACCGCAAUCCCUACCACCAUUCCACCAGCCUGCUGAAGAGCACCAUCUCCAUGCCUGUGUUCAUCGCCCCCGAGCAGGCCCCUCCCAAGCCGCCUCGGCUCCACCUGGAGGACUUGACCCCCCCGUCCCAUCAGCAACAGCAGCAGCAGCAGCAGCAGCACCAACCUCAGCCGAACAACCAUAACCACAACGACCACAACCAGCAGCGGCAUCACUCCAUGUCUGUGUGUGAUCAGGGUGUCGGCUGCUACAUGGACCCCUGCCACAACCUUAAUUACUCUGCCUCCUUCAGGCACCUGGUGCCCUCCUCAGGCUCCUUCUCAGAGGUCUCCUCAGAGGACUCCAUGUCAGAGAGCUGUGGCCCCCUGGAACCUCAGAGGGGGCUGAGCUUGGAUUCAGACGCUGGCCUGAGCAAUGAGGACCUGAGGAGCGAGCGGAGUGAGUCGCCCACCGUGUGCCCUAGAUUCUCUCCCGGUGUCUCCCGCUCAGAGUCCCUGAUGGGCUUGGAUCUGGACCUGGGGCCAUCCAUCCUGGAGGACGUGCUGAGGAUCAUGGACCGCUACAAGAGUGUUGAUGACCACUAUGAUUUGUGAGCAGAUGGGGGGAAAGGGGUUUAGACACUGCUGUGCAGAGAGGUGUCUGGUACACUUUUUUUUUUACCAUCCUCCAUAUAGCCUAAUGAUGAUUGGGCUAGUCAGACAGACAGACAGACAGACAGACAGGCAGACAGACAGGCAGGCAGACAGACAGACAGACAGACAGACAGACAGACAGACAGACAGGCAGACAGGCAGGCAGGCAGACAGGCAGGCAGGCAGGCAGGACAGACAGACAGACAGACAGACAGACAGACAGACAGACAGGCAGGCAGGCAGGCAGGCAGACAGACAGACAGACAGACAGACAGACAGACAGACAGACAGACAGACAGACAGACAGACAGACAGACAGACAGACAGACAGACAGACAGACAGACAGACAGACAGACAGACAGACAGACAGACAGACAGACAGACAGACAGAGGAUAGUGCCAGGACUGACAGGCUAAAAAGCCUGGGACUUAAGACGGCUGUAAAUGUGGGACUAUAUAAUAUCCAGACUGGAUACACAGCAGCUUCAGAACCAACCAUUUGUCUUUUGAUAUUCAGAAUCACAAUGGGGGAGAGACAAUCAUUUCUCCCACCCAAAUGUUGUCUAAGUUUUCGCAGACUAUCAUUUUACAUGUUUUUCAGCAUAAUUCAUACUUCACUAACUCUCUAAGUAAGCUCUGUAGUUUUGUGAUAGAAUGAAACGUAGUUGUCUGAAAAUACAAUUAAUGUACUUAAAAAGCCUUCAAGGUUUGUGUUUUUUACCCCUGAAAUAUCAUAUUGCUGAUAUUCUUCUAAGAACACGUUUUUUAAAAUUCUGUAUGUACAUCUGAUUGAAUUUCACUGUUCUGUCAGAACAAUACGAUCAAGACUGGAGUAUGCUAUGUAUUAGUUUGCCAUCUAGUGGCAUAUAUAAGAAUGACACCCAAAAUGCAGCAGUUCGAGCAGGGCAAAAAGUGAGGUCAAAAUGUUGUUUUCUGGGGGCUAAAGUGCAUUAGAAUCAAAGUAUCAGAAAUGUGCAGCUUCUUCAACAUCCUUUAAAUAUAGUGGGAUGACCAGAGAAGGUUUCUCUUUUGUAACAGCUGUGCAAUUUGUGGACUUGAAUCAAAUCCUUCAGCAUUUUCUUCUAUUGCGUUGUUAAAUUACAGUGUAUCUCCAAUUGUUAUGUAUAUAACUGUAAUGUAUGAAAUAAAUAUGGGAAUUAGAUGCUG